AUGAAGUAAGCAGCCACGAACUAGAGAGAAAUCCAGAUUGAAUUGGACUCAGAUUUUGAAGACUCUAGACAUUCUAAUAACUACAGCUAGGAUCAUCCUGAUAGAUCAGUAGACUCGCACCAACAGCAACCUCCGAAUUAAAUGUAUGUGAAUCUAGAUGUAGCUGAGUUGGACUAAGUUCCUUUGAAAGCUGGAGAUUCUUUGCUUCCAAAAGGUGAAGAUAUCUAUCAAGUAGUUCAGUAUUUAGACUUAACUAUGAAUAUCGAAAUCGUUCUUUAUGAAUUCCACUCAAUUAUAUUUUGGGCGUCAGUACUUGAAAUAGCAAUAUUCGGAGUCGGUCUGCUCCUGUUCUUCACCUUUCCUGAGCAAAUGGCUUUCAUCUUUAUGCACAUCCUCCACCCCGUAAGAGGACAAGUAGGUCUCAUUAUCUACCGAAGAAUGCCUAAGUCUCACGACAUGAUCAGUCACCUGAAGGAUUUCGGGAAUGAUAAACUGAAGUUCGAGGAGUUUAUAGCAAAAAUAACUGAGAAACUCAAGGAAUAAAUGAUUGGAUUCGCCACUAAUAUGGAGUCGAAUUUAAAGCUUUACUUUGUAUUCACAAUCAUCUGCAUUCUAAUGGACUUCAUUGAGUUCGUAAUUCAGUUAAUCAGAUUCGGCAGAGAUGGAGAUGAAUUUUCUGAUAUGGUUAUGAUGGCGACAACUUGCUUGUACCUGAUUAUUGACUUCUUCUAUUUCCUCUGGGUAUUGCAGCAAAGACACAAGUUCCCUCCAAGCAUUGAAUAGUAUGUGUCUAAGACGCUAUAUGGUUUUACUAGCAUGAUGAAGGAAAAGUUUCAACCAAUAAUGGAUAAGUUAAAGAAUAGGAAUAAGAAAUGA